GUCAGAUGGACUGCUCCCAACUUAGAAUGACAGAAACAGGCAGACCAACUCUUUUCCGUAAUCAGAGUGGCUGAAAACAUCAAGAGGACUCUAAAAUACACAGAAAUUCAACAUCGGGGUCCGCAAAGGGAAGAGCAGGGGGAUAUUACCAAGAUGGAGGAGUGUGAGAGUUUGGAGUCGGAGAUGACGGAGCUUCAGGAGUUUGAGGGCGAGGCUUCAGAGGCCAUUAGCCAGGACGACGAGGACGAGGUGGAGGAACUGCAGAACAGUCUGCGAGAGGUAGUCCAGGAUCAGUCUGUGAAGCCCAAACUCCAGUGCCUAAUGGUGGAUCCGUCGUUCUCUAUGGUAACAGUUCAGAGUGAGGACAGUGGUAUUGUUUGGGAGACGGCCUCAAGCCGCUGCUCUACCCCCUGGGCCUCUGAGACCAGCUCCAUCUCUGAAGCUUACAGCAUGGAGGGCCCUGGAGCUGCAGGAAAGAUCACCAUCGUCUUUGACGAGGAGAAAAUAGUCCGCAGGAGGACGAGGUCUGGAGGAAGGAGCAGCAGGCUGGGAGAUAGGCUGAGCCGACCUGGUAGUUCGAGAUCGGCUUCAGCUCUGGGAGUGGAGAGACCGGAGAUGGCAGAGGUCUCUCUUCCCAAUGUCAAACAGGAGAAAACUGAAACAGUGCCAGACUUGGAUGAAAUUAAAAACAAAGAUCAACAGCUGUUCAGUUUGAUUUCAGAGGGUUAUGAGAUUCUCAACAUCAGAGUCCCCUCCAAACUUCCCACUGUGGAUGAGGAGGAGAGCACAGAGCUGCAGGACAAUUUGUCUUAUUUGGACCAGACUCCAAAGAUCAGGUCCCGAAACCACCAUGACUGGACGCUGGGACAGAAUCAUGUCCUGCCAGAGGAGGGAGAAAUACUGGCUCACCAAGAGCCCUCAAAGCAAGACUCCUCUCAGCCAGUGGACACAGAGCUCACACAAACACCCACUCAGAAAGAGAGCACUGGUGAUAUAGACUACUUCGAGAAGUUUACCCUGGUUGAUGUGGCGGCUCCUGGGGAACAAGCUCCAGAGCUGCAGAAGGAGGCAGAAAAACCUGCAGCAGAGUCCCAAGCAGAGGAGCAAAAGCCAGCAAAGGAGACAACCACAGUCAGCCCUUCUGCAUCAGAGGACUCCUUUGUCUUUGUUACAGAUGUGGAGAUAGUCGGGGAGCACCUGGAUGAGGUCUUCUAUGGAGAGGGAGCUCCUGCUGAUGCGCUGCAGCACAGAGAAGACGAUGAGGGUAGGGUGAGAAUGAGACGAGAGAGCCAGAGAUCUGUGAAGGAGAACGGUUCUGUGUUGUUUGGGAGUGAACAGACCGUCCUCACACCCAUCUUUAUCUCCCCUGGGCCCCCUAAGAUUAUCGACCCCAUCCUGCUGGAGGAGCCCACUGCUAUGUCCUUCAUGUACUCAGACCUUUAUGAGGAUGCUGUGGGCGAGAGGAGGAAGAGCGUUGGAGAGCAGUCUGAGACAGAGAGCGUGGCAUCUGAGAGGGCUUAUAAGAGACGAUUGUCAGACUCAGAGGAGGCAGACGGGUACCUGGAGAAGUUUACUUUGAAGGAUGAUACUCCCAUUGUUGGGGAUCCACCAGCGGAGGAUGAGAGUGUGGGGAGGAUGAUGUGGUCACAGAGUAAGUUUGAAAUGACAGGAUGUCUGACAAGAGCAGUCAAAGAGGAGGACAAGGACAAGACAGAGGAACCAAAGACACAGGAGGUCCGUGUUGGAGAUGGGAGCAAAGUUUUACAAUCAGCAACAUCUGAAGAGAAAAGAGAAUUAGUUACUGAGACAGUAACGGCAAAGGAGGAAACACAACUCUCUCUGGUGACUGAAGAGCCGGCUGUCAGAGAAGCCUCGGAACAAUCACUUCAGGAGUCUAAACCAAGAGAGGAUCAGGUGGUGGAUCAGGAGGUGAAACUUGAGGUAAAGAUGGAGCCUCCUGAGAGCAGCACUGAUAAACCACUUCCUGAAACUCCGCAGGUGGACUGUAAAGUGGAGAAAACAGAGGAGAGUGAGGAGCAUCAGAAAGAAGUGCCUGCAGAAACAACCAGCAUUACUGAAUCUGAUCCACCAUGUCAGGCACAAACAGAGGUGGAAAAAACAGCGCAGGUGGCUGUCAAAGCUGCAGAGGAGACAGCUGUGAUCACACCUGUAAGCAGUGAGGAGCCUCACAUCACCACUGAUAAGAGUUUGUCUGGGGUUGCAGCCGAUGACACUAAGAUGGCAGCUGCUGAUGAAAAAGCCAUAACUGAGGCUCCAGCUGAAGUAAAAGAAUCUGAGACUGAAGAACAAGAAAUGCCUCCCUCUGCUGAAACAGAGACAUCUGCUGAAACAUCUCUGCAUAAGGAAAAAGAAGCAGUAGAAGUAGUUCCUGAGGGCAUACCACCUGUUGAGGUCGUCACUGACUGUGAUUCUGCAGUGCACGCGGUGGUGGAGGUGACUGAGAAAGCAGUGGAUGAAAAAGAGAUCAAAACUCAAGUUCAGAUUGAUCUUCAGGAGGUUACAAGUGCUGAGACAACAGAUGUUCAAACAGCCGAAGGAAAGAAAAAACAUGAAGCUCUAACAGAGGAAACUGCACCUGAGAGCCAGUCGCCUGAGAUUAUUACUGAUCAGGAGUCAGAGGUUAAAGCAGAGAUUUCAGGUGAAGUAACUGAACCUGCGUUGCCAGAAGAAGUCGAGACAGAUCUGGAUAAGAAACAGCUUGAAAUUCCUGAAUCCAAGCAGCAUCAGCAAGAGGAGUCAGCAACUGACAGCGAGCUGGUAGCUGAAGCCCAAGAUAAAAUACCCACAGAGGAUACUGGGACUGCAGCUCAUGAGAUUGUAGGUGUGGGCGAUGAGGUAAUCCUCCUUGUUCCAAAGGGACAAGCUGUAGAGAUGGACAUAGAGAUCAGUCCAUCAUCAGAGAAUACUACAAGUGAAACAAUAGCUCUCCCUGAACCUGACAGCACAUUUGAACCUCUCAUAGCCCCUAAAACCACCACAACAUGUCCAGAGACUCUUCAGGCACCACAUGAGGAAACAAUAACAGAGCCUCAACUGGAAGAAAAAACAGAUGUUCUAAAGGAAGAAGCACUACCCAGAGACAAGUUAGACGAUAGGUGUUCUCCUCCAGCACCUGUGGAGGAGGCCAGCUCAGAGAAGCAGAGGAUGGAGUGGGAUUUUGAAGAAGACAAGGGCGUCUUUGCCCCUCUGAGGAGCUUUACUCCGCUGGAGGAUUUGUCCCUGCUACACAGAGAGGAUAUAGAGUCAGAAGCAGCAGUUGUAGAACAAAACAUAGAGAUACAAAAGGUGGAAGAUGCUCCAGAGACAAGCAUUGUUAAAGAGGAUUCAAGUCUAGAGAUUGAUAUGCACAAAGAGGAUGUAGAACAAGAUGUAGAGAUGCACAAGGUGGAGGAUGCACCACAAGCAACUAUUGUUGAGGAGGUAUCAAUGCCAGAGAUUGAUCUGCACAGAGAGGAUGUAGAAGAAGAUGUAGCGAUGCACAAGGUGGAGAAUGCACCAGAAACCAAAACUGUUGAAGAGGUAUCAAGGCUAGACAUUGAUCUGCAUAGGGAAGGUGUAGAGAUGCACAAGAUGGAGGAUGCUCCACAAACAAUUAUUGUUGAAGAGGUAUCAGGGCCAGAGAUUGAUCUGCACAGGGAAGAUGUAGGACAAGAUGUAGAGAUGCACAAGGUAGAAGAUGCUCCAGAAACAAAAACUGUUGAAGAGAUAUCAAGGCCAGAGAUUGAUCUCCACAGAGAGGAUAUAGAAAAAAAGAUGGAGCAAGAUGAGGCCGUUCCAGAAAUACCUGUCGAGGAGCUUGAAUAUGAGGUCAUAUCUGAACAGGAUGCGAAAGAGAUGCCGGAACCUGAAACACUGAGAGAUGCAGAGGAACCAAAACCUGAGUCUGCUCAGGAGAGAGAUGAGGGGAUGCAGGUGGAGAUGGCAGUGGAGGUAGAGGAGAAGGAGGAGGAAGUGUUUGGUCUGUCCCCAGAUGAGGAGCUCUUUGAGGCUGACUAUGACAUCAUCGAUGCAGAGGAGGAGCGGCAGGCCCGACUGGCCGCUGAGCUGCAGGGAAUGGACUGGUUCUGUCUCACCUGUGAAUGUCUGCUGUCAGAGGACGACUGUAUGUCUGGGGAGCAUCACAGCCAUGACGUCACUGCAGUGGACAAAGCCUAUGAGGAAAUCAAGGAGAAGCUGGGUGACUGGAUCUCCGAGCUUCAGGGGAGGUCAGAAAACAUCGAGGACCUGGUGUCUGAGCUCGAACUGGCCUACAACUCUGUAGAGGACCAGUGUGUGGAGAGCGAGGCAGCGAUGCGGGUGCAGAAUGAGGAGAUGAUGGCUAUGGUGAUGGAGCAGUACAACAACAUGUCUAUCAGCAUGGAGGAGGAGAAGAAGGCCAAGCUGGAGCAGCUAUAUGACCAGAUUGUCUCCUUCCAGGAGAGCAUCGACUCUGCCAAGGCCACUCUAGAGACCACUGACAGAGAGGCUGAUACUGACGCACGGUCACCUGAAGACAUUCAUACAAGGCUCAAGGCAGCUCUGGACUCAACCAUGUCACUGGAGCUGGGUCCCAAGGGACUGCUGGUAUUCGAGGACUAUGCCAAGGGUAACACUUCCAGCUCUCACCUUGCACAGCGCAAAGGAAUCCCAGUGCCUCAAAAGCCCACGCUGCAGCCUCAGGAGCCGGGCUCGGCCACCAGCACCAGUGUCACAGUUUACUGGAAGGUCAACCCUGGAGAUAUAAUAGACUGCUUCCAGGUCUACUGCAUGGAGGACCCACAGGGAGCGGUGUCAGAAGAGUACCGUGUGACAGUGAAGGAGAGUUAUUCUGUCCUGGAGGAGCUGGAGCCUGACAAGACCUACAAGGUGUGGGUGAUGGCUGUCAACUAUACAGGCUGCUCUCUGCCCAGCGAGAGACUCUCCUUCAGAACUGCUCCAUCAGUGCCAGUUAUUGACACAGAGCGCUGUACUGUCAUGUGGGACUCAGCCACGCUGAGGUGGAGCUCAGUAAAUCUGACUCCUGAGCAGAGUUACACCCUGGAGUACUGUCGCCAGUAUGAACUGGAGGGAGAGGGACUCAGGUCCAUCUCAGGUAUCAAAAGCUGUGAACAGAGGGUCCUCCUGCAGCCCAAUGAGAAUUAUUUGUUUUACAUCAAAGCUGUGAAUGAGUCUGGUGCCAGUGAACAGAGCGAGGCUGCCCUCAUUUCUACCAAAGGGACAAGGUUCCACCUGCUGAAAGCCUCAGCUCACCCUGCUCUGGAGCUAUCUGUGGACCGGACCACUGUGCACUACUCUCAGGACACACAUGAAAACACACCAUUCACAGACAAACAGUAUCCAUCUAUCCUUGGUGAGUUGUUGCCGGCACAAGGACAUUACUACUGGGAGACCAUUGUGUCAGGGAGCACAGCUUACAGGCUGGGAGUGGCGUACAACACAGCCAACAGGAACAGCCCACUGGGAGAGAACAGCCUGUCAUGGUGUUUGCAGUGUAUCCCUACACCAUCAGGUUGCAGGUAUCAGCUGCUCCACAAUGACGCUCAGUCCAGCGUGUUUGUGAUUGACAUGCCCGAGCGAGUGGGCACUCUCCUCGAUUACCAGCUUGGUUGUCUGUCUUUCUACAAUGCUCAAAGUGGUCAGCUGUUAGGUACUUUCUGCCAGCGCUUCACCCAGCCAUGCCACCCUGCUCUGGCCCUGGAGAUGCCGGGCAGCCUGGAGGUCAGCAUGGUGCUGGAGGUGCCCGAGUUUGCAAAGGACAGCUAGCUCUGCUGUUUGCCUCACACACUGAGGAGUUUACAGUUCAUGUUGGACAUAUAUUGAUUUGAAUGAUCUUACUGUAUGAUUAUAAUGACCAUUAUUGCAUUACUGAGAAGCUGCAGACAAAAAUACACUGGUGUCCACAGUAAAGACAGGAGACAUACUGCGUCCCCCUUCUUCUAAAGAGGCCUCACUGAUGGGUUUUUAGCAGAGGUGGGAUCGAGUCGUGGGUUCGUAAGUCACAAGUAAGACUUGAGUCUUUGCACUCAAGUCCUAAGUCAAGACAGGCAAGUCCCGAAUCAAGACUGCUGGGUCUCAAGUCCUGAAGUUUGAGUUCCGAGUCCUAAACAAGUCAUCAUGUUGCCUGGGUCCAGACCUGCCCACUACUCUGAGUUUGACUGUAACAAGGUGGCAACUCUGUCAAGUCAUAAUGGGAUCUUUACCAAAUUCAAUCUCAUUUUAACAAAGAAAUAAUAUAAUAAAUUAACAAAAAACAUUAAUGCUUUAUAAAUAAAUAAAUAUUUGUUUAAACAAGUGGGACUGAACUUAAUCAGAAAAAAAGUAGCGCUGCACUUUCAUAGCAUAUAGCACUAUUACCCAGUACCACAAUAGAACAUUUUUUUGUGUCUCUGUCCUCUCUCAUUGUUUUUAACUCAUCUCAUAUUGAUAAAAUGUCCAUAACUUUCUCUUCCUAAAUUGGCUUGGGGGAAGGUAUCAAGUAUUUUCAAGUCAUGAGGCUGAAGUCCGAGUGAAGUCAUAGUGUUAGAAUCCAAGUUGAGCACAAGUAUUUUUUGAUAUUGUCAAUUCUAGUCAUCACAUUUGUGACCCUAGUGUGAUCUGAGUCCAAGUCAUGUGACUCGAGUCCUCGCCUAUUGUUUUUUUUGUGAGAUCGAACCUAUUCAACAGUGCAAGUUUUAUUUAUUUAAGUUUUUUUUUUUUUUUUUUUUACAGGAGAUCAAUUCAACAUUUAUUUCUUUGUUAACAUAAAUUAAAAUGUCUUGUAAAUAUAAAAACCAGAAGCAAUGAAAAUGAAUCAUCACGGUGUGAAAUACAGAUCGAAAAUUAGUGCCAUUCUAUUCACGUGGGUGUCUUGCAUAUUGUUUUGUCGAGGGAGAAAUGAAAUCACUUCAUAAACUUGACCAUAACAUAUGCUGAUGUGAUUGAUUUGUACUGCUCUGUUCAGUUUCAUUUUUAUUUAAACCCUGACUGGUAGGUACUGUGAGGUGAGUGCUGCAUAUUGAGAUUAAACACUCUGUAUAAUAACUGAGACAAACAAUAGUUAAAUAUUUAGUUUAGACACUGAGUUUAGCUCCCAGAAACAAACUGUGGCACUUUUGAUCUGUGUUUCAUAUUGUGAAUGUGUAAAUAACCUUUGUAAGCAGAUGUGAUCACUUCUAUAUUUUGUUAUGUGCGACUCGCAGCAGGUGGAGAUGAAUUGUUUUCCUUUCUUUGUCCUGUAAACUGAUUCUAAUGUCUGAGCUGAAUGAACAUGUUUAUUUUUCUAUUUGCACAACUGGA